UAUUUUUUUUUGCUUUGUUCUCGGACGAUUAUCUAGCUUCUUUCACCGUACUGUCCACUAAGCCUGCAUUAUUCUUGCCUAGCCAAAUUGGCUAUGCAAGUCCUGCUAUUCGGUACUGAGAAAAGAAAGGAGACGAGACGGCAACCCGACUGCUGUGCAUUUUUACAGUUACACAACUGCCUAUUGUCACCGCAGGGGAGGGGGGUUUCUGGAAAAAAUCAAUGAUAUCGCACCACGUUGAGAUGCAGGGAUGAGGCGAGCUCGUGCAGCGCACGCUGGAAAGUUGCUUUUGACGUAUAGAGUUUUUGACUGCACGCGCAGCCUUUUCACAGCGACAAUCGCCAGAUAACGCGAUACAGCGUUUAUUUUACAAACACCCUUAUUGAAAAACCACCGUUUUUGUGCUUCAAGGAUGGAACGGCAGUGACUUACUGUUUCCAUGUCCCUGCUCUGCGGUUUUGACGUGUUAUCUAAGAAGGGUGACCCGUGGAGACUGUAGAUAAUGUUUUUUUUAACUGUCACCAGUCGUCAAAUAAGCGGUUCGCUCGGUGACAGUUACAGAACCGUGGACUGUCUGUUCUGCGAGUGCUAAUUCAAAGAAAGUAUGUUUAUCACUGAAGCGAUCUCCUUGGGCUGAUUUUUCCAAAGUUACAUUCACCAUGAAUGCAACGCCACGGGCUGAGGGGAAUGGCUUAUCCCAGUCCUGCCACCUGCAGUCAGGCAUCCUCCUCCUCCUCCUUUGAAGGACGUCAGUUGUUUAUGGGAACUACUGGCAUUGGUCUUCUGAGGAUAUAGCUCUCCUUUUGGGACGCCAUUUUUCCACCCUUGCUGAAACCGUGUAACCGGGAGACAUGGCUAACAACUCGUACAGCGGGGUGAAGAACUCUGUGGCUGAGCCCAAUCACGAUGGAGAGUUUGGUUGCUCACUUAAAGAGCUGCGCUCUCUCAUGGAACUGCGGGGGGCUGAAGCAUUACAAAAAAUUGAAGAUUCUUAUGGGGACGUUAAUGUACUUUGCAACAGACUAAAGACGUCGGCCAUAGAUGGAUUAAGCGGGCAGCCCUCAGAUAUUGAAAAGAGAAUAUCAGCGUUUGGUCAGAACUUAAUACCUCCUAAAAAGCCAAAAACCUUUCUUCAAUUAGUAUGGGAAGCAUUACAGGAUGUAACACUGAUUAUCUUGGAAGUGGCAGCAAUAGUAUCUUUAGGCCUUUCUUUUUAUCAACCUCCGGAAUCAGAAGAAAGACACUGCGGGAAUGCGGCGGGGGGUGUGGAAGAUGAAGGAGAAGCAGAGGCAGGGUGGAUAGAAGGAGCAGCUAUCCUCCUGUCUGUUAUUUGUGUGGUGCUCGUAACAGCCUUUAACGAUUGGAGCAAAGAAAAGCAGUUCCGCGGCUUGCAGAGCCGCAUUGAACAAGAGCAGAAGUUUACCGUGGUUCGGGGAGGGCAAGUCAUCCAGAUCCCUGUGGCCGAGAUUGUCGUCGGAGACAUUGCACAAAUUAAAUAUGGUGACCUCCUGCCUGCUGAUGGUGUUCUCAUCCAGGGCAACGACCUCAAAAUAGAUGAGAGCUCUCUAACUGGAGAGUCUGACCAUGUGAAGAAACUGCUGGAGAAAGAUCCAAUGCUACUAUCAGGAACUCAUGUUAUGGAGGGUUCUGGAAAAAUGGUGGUCACUGCUGUCGGAGUCAAUUCCCAAACUGGAAUCAUCUUCACGUUACUGGGCAUGGAAGAUGAUGAUGAUGACGAGGAGAAGGAAAAGAAAAAAGAGAAAAAGAAAGAGAAGAAAAAUAAAAAGCAGGAUGGCUCAGCGGAGAGCAGAAAAAAAGCUAAAGCUCAAGAUGGAGCGGCAAUGGAGAUGCAACCUCUAAACAGCGAUGAAGGAGCCGAGAGUGAAGAGAAGAAAAAAGCCAACUUGCAAAAGAAAGAAAAAUCGGUUUUGCAAGGGAAAUUGACCAAAAUGGCGGUCCAAAUCGGGAAAGCAGGUCUGCUAAUGUCAGCCAUAACAGUGGUCAUCUUGGUGGUGCUGUUUGUGAUGGACACUUUCUGGUACCAGGGACUUUCCUGGACAUCGCAGUGCACGCCCGUCUACAUCCAAUUCUUUGUCAAGUUUUUUAUCAUUGGUGUGACCGUGCUGGUGGUGGCUGUUCCUGAGGGACUUCCACUGGCCGUAACCAUCUCGUUGGCUUAUUCUGUUAAAAAAAUGAUGAAAGAUAACAAUCUGGUGAGGCAUCUCGAUGCCUGUGAAACCAUGGGCAAUGCAACAGCCAUCUGUUCGGAUAAGACUGGGACUCUGACCAUGAACAGAAUGAAAGUUGUCCAGGUCCAUAUCGCUGACAAGCAUUACAGGAAGGUCCCUGAACCUGAUGUCAUUGCUGCCAACAUACUGGACCUACUCGUUCUGGGCAUCAGUGUCAACUGCGCUUAUACCACCAAAAUCAUGUCCCCUGAAAAGGAAGGAGGCCUAAAUCGUCAGGUGGGCAACAAAACUGAAUGUUCCUUGCUGGGCUUCGCCUUGGAUCUGAAAAAAGACUAUCAAGCAAUUCGCAAUGAAAUCCCCGAAGAGAAACUUUACAAAGUCUACACCUUCAACUCCGUCAGGAAAUCCAUGAGCACUGUGUUAAAGAACGCUGACGGAAGCUUCCGGAUGUUCAGCAAAGGAGCCUCAGAAAUUCUGCUGAAGAAGUGUUUUAAAAUCCUGACCGCUACAGGCGAGGCAAAGCUUUUUCGUCCCAGGGAUAGAGACGACAUGGUGAAGAGAGUGAUCGAACCCAUGGCUUCUGAGGGCUUGAGGACCAUCUGUCUGGCUUAUAGGGACUUCCCUGCCUCGGAAGGGGAACCAGAUUGGGAUAACGAAGGUGAUAUUCUCACCAGGCUCACAUGUAUUUGCGUGGUGGGCAUUGAAGACCCCGUCAGACCAGAGGUCCCUGAUGCCAUUAGAAAAUGCCAGCGUGCUGGUAUCACGGUCCGCAUGGUCACCGGGGACAACCUCAACACUGCCCGCGCUAUAGCAACUAAAUGUGGCAUCCUGCAGCCGGGGGACGAUUUCCUCUGCUUGGAGGGCAAAGAGUUCAACCGUCGGAUCCGUAAUGAAAAGGGAGAGAUUGAACAGGAACGAAUUGAUAAGAUAUGGCCUAAACUUCGGGUGCUGGCAAGAUCUUCACCUACAGAUAAACAUACACUAGUGAAAGGUAUUAUUGACAGCACUGUCCUAGAGCAGAGGCAGGUUGUGGCGGUGACAGGGGACGGUACUAAUGAUGGCCCCGCCCUAAAAAAAGCAGAUGUCGGGUUUGCCAUGGGCAUCGCUGGCACAGAUGUGGCUAAAGAAGCCUCGGACAUCAUCCUCACCGAUGACAACUUCAGCAGCAUCGUCAAGGCAGUCAUGUGGGGGAGGAACGUGUAUGACAGCAUUUCAAAAUUCCUUCAGUUCCAGCUCACCGUCAACGUGGUGGCUGUGAUCGUGGCCUUUACUGGAGCUUGCAUCACACAGGAUUCUCCUUUGAAAGCCGUACAGAUGUUAUGGGUGAAUCUCAUUAUGGACACUUUCGCUUCUUUGGCCUUGGCCACCGAACCCCCCACUGAAUCUCUUCUGCUGAGGAAGCCUUAUGGCCGCAAUAAGCCCCUCAUCUCGAGAACGAUGAUGAAGAACAUAUUGGGUCACGCUGUCUACCAGCUCACUAUCAUCUUUACUCUCCUCUUUGCCGGUGAGAAGAUAUUCGACAUAGACAGUGGACGCAACGCUCCUCUACAUGCUCCCCCCUCCGAGCACUACACUAUCGUAUUUAACACGUUUGUAUUGAUGCAGCUGUUUAAUGAAAUCAACGCACGGAAGAUCCACGGAGAACGCAAUGUCUUCGAUGGCAUUUUCAACAACAUGAUCUUCUGUAGCAUCGUCUUUGGGACUUUUAUUAUUCAGUUUGUGAUUGUACAGUUUGGGGGGAAACCAUUCAGCUGCAUCGGGCUUAACGUCGAACAGUGGCUGUGGUGUACCUUCUUGGGCUUUGGGUCUCUAGUCUGGGGACAGGUCAUCUCCACCAUCCCCACGAGCCGGCUGAAGUUCUUGAAGACGGCGGGUCAUGGAACGCAAAAAGAAGAAAUCCCAGAUGAGGAGCUGGAGGAACUGGAGGACCUGGAGGAAAUAGACCACGCCGAGCGAGAGCUCCGCAGGGGACAGAUCCUCUGGUUCAGAGGCCUCAACCGCAUACAGACUCAGAUGGAUGUAGUGAGUGCGUUCCAGAGCGGAACUUCCUUUCAGGCGGGCGUCAGGCGCCAGCCGUCCAGCUCCAGCCAACAGCACGAUAUCCGAGUGGUGAAUGCAUUCCGCAGCUCGCUGUCGCCCUAUGAGGGCUUGGAAAAGCCAGAGUCCCGCUCCUCCAUCCAUAACUUCAUGACCCACCCGGAGUUCCGGAUAGAGGACUCUGAGCCUCACAUCCCCCUCAUCGAUGACACGGAUGCAGAGGACGACGCCCCCACUAAGAGAAAUGCGACGCCCACCCCUCCUCCCCCACCUUCGCCCAAUCAGAACAAUAAUGCAGUUGACAGUUGCAUCCACCUCUUCCUAGAUCCUAGCAAGCCAGCCACACCCUCUGCUCCUGGAAGCCCAAUGCACAGCUUAGAGACAUCCCUUUGAUUAGCUCCGCCCCUCAGUACGACAGACAACACCAGAGACUUAAGCCUGGAGAACUCAUAGACGAGAGGGGCGGAGCCAAGAAUCUCUUGGGAGCUUAGCUAUUAGCUUUUGUUUCUCUUUAUCUGGAUGGUGUUGUACAUUUUGUUCUUUUACUCUUUGCUUAUUCAAACACUGAUUUCUGCAUCAUUUGGCUGUUAAUAUUUUGAAUUAUUUAUGUUUUUGAAGACACAGGUCUGUUUACAAAGUUUGUAGAUACUUUUUUCUUCUGUUCGUUGGUGGAAGAGCUUCCUGAGACAGAGAAAUGGGGACAAAUGAAAUAAGAGAAUAUUUCAGAGACUGCUGUAUUUUCAGGAAAAAGGGUGUUUCUAUGGAAACUGAACUAUUUUUGCCUGCAAGUUUUAUUUGUUAUAUAUUUGUAGAUACAUAGAACCUUCUAGCCAAAUAGAUAACACUAAGGCUUGUAUAGCAAUGAGCAGAGGUAUUGAGGUCCAUAGGAGAUUUUUAAUUGGACAGAUGAGUGGAGGGGCUGUAGACAAGGAUCUCUAUCCAUACAUCUCCUUGCAUACUUACUUCAUCUCCCCUUAAAGUCAUUUUAGAAUUUUUAUUUGUAACGCUCACGUGAGCAACAUCAAGUUCCCUUCGCAUUAUUGUUCGGAAGUUCAGAAAGUGUGGCCACAAAAGGCCGGAUAAUGAAUACAUCUGUACUUAACUAUUUUAAAUGGUCCACAGUCACUUGACAUUAAGUUCCUGCCAAUGUAUCAUGAAGUUUGUUUACUCAGGCUCAAACCUAGAAAAUUGAAUUGAAAAGAAUGCAAUGAUUUAAAACAUUUUAACUUAAGAUUUUGUCUUUAGGUAGCAAAUUGUUGUCUCGUUCAAAAGGAAAAAUAAAGGAAGGAAAAAUGCGUGAGUUGCUUUAAAAUUCUGUUUGAUAUUUUUAACAUUUUGAGUAAUUGUUUGUUGAUCAAAAAAAAGAUUGCUGUUAGUUAAGAAAAUACUGCUGCAAUUGUUUGUCGAAUAUAUUUAAAACCUGAAAUACUGGAAACAUGAAUUUUGAAGAAAAAAAAACAGGCGUACACUGGUAUCACAGCACAGGGUACUUUAUUUCAGAAUCCCUAAGAAACAUUUUGAUACAGACCAUAUAAAUAUAUAUAGUGUAUUUUUAUGCGGACAUGAGAACAUCUCAACCUGCUGAACAAGACCUACAGGGAUUUUACAUAAAUUAUAGUUUAAGGGGGGUGGGACAUUCUUUAAACGAGGGUUGUGAUUGGUCCUUUCAAGUAAUAUAAUAUAAUACUCAGGGUGGCUUAACGCGUGAAUCUUAUGGUCAAAAUUCUAACAUUUGUGUUUUUGUAAUGUUUAGGAAUAGAAUACAUUUUUGGCAGCAGGGUUCCAGUUCAGAUUGUUGCUUCUCUCCACUGGGUUCUUAUUAUGUGUGUAAAAGAGAUUAAAUGAAGGAACAGGAGAAAGGAAUUCAGAUUUCUUCAGUCAUCGCAACCGCACAUUUUUUAUAAGUUAUUUCUUCUGUCACGUUUAUUAAAUAAAAACAACUUGCAUUUGCAAUUUAGAGCAAAUAUUAUUAAAAGAAUUCACAACUUUUUCCAAUAGCGUCUUCCUAUAAUGGGAAUGAAUGUUUAUCCAACUGUUUUAAGGAUGUGUUUCCUUUUUUAUCUUAACGUUUGGAAAUAAAAGAACAUCAUGUCUG